CUUCGCUAAUUCCAUAUCGAGGAUUGAAGAGAUGGCAACGACAGCAUCAGCAGAGAUGAAGAAGUUGAGCGUGGUUGAUGGCGAGGGAAAGGUACGGGUGCUGGUGGUGGACGACGAUCCGAUCAGCCGGAAAAUCCACGUGGCACUCGUCAGGAGGUUUGGAGGAGUGGCGGUCACGGCCGAGAACGGCGAGGAGGCGGUGAAUAUCCACCGUGCAGGAGCUUCUUUCAACCUCGUGCUCAUGGACAAGGAAAUGCCCAUCAUGGACGGUCCUUCGGCGACCAAGGAGCUUCGUGCCAUGGGGGUGACGUCAAUGAUCGUGGGAGUGACGUCACUGGGCAAUGAAGAGGAACAUAGGGAAGCUUUCAUGGAAGCAGGGCUGAACCAGUGUUUCGGGAAGCCCUUGAACAUCGAGAAGAUCGCCCCUGUGUUCAACCAGCUCAAGGAGACCAUGUAACCUCCCUCCAGUCUUUCCAUGAAAACCAUAAGAAAAAAAACAUUAUGAGAAUAAAUAUGUAUGCAUACAUACAUAUGUGUGUAUGUAUACAUCUAUAUAUAUGUGUUGUGAGUCUAAUGUCCUUGUGUUUUCAAUAUCCUGUGGUUUCUCAUUAAUGGUUAAGUAUGGUUUAUUAUCAUGAA